UUAAUUUUUCGGAUCAUCCUGCUGCUUGACGCUCGCCUGGCACCCUCGGGAUUUUUAGUUUAGUAAUAAAGUGUGUGCGGGCCCCAACAAAAAAAAAAUCGUAUUGGAUUAUAAAUUAUACUGGAAUUAUGGACGAUGGAACUAGUAACAGAUCACAAUUUUCCGAGUUAGUGAGAUAUUCCCGGCCAAUGAUGACAGCGGCCGGGACUUUUACCAUAAUAAUAAUGGUUGUAGGAGUCAUGGGCAAUUUACUUACUUUAGUUGCUUUGCUGAGACAUUCCAAAAUCAGAACUGUUGCGGCUGCAUUUAUUGCAAGUCUUUGCCUCUCAGAUUUACUCUUCUGCUUUUUGGUACUGCCGUUUUCUGCCAGCCAGUUUUUCCACGGUACCUGGAUCCACGGUGAUAUGCUCUGCAAAAUGAUACCGACCCUGCGUUACGGUUCAAUUGGGGUUUCGUUGCUCAGCAUUGCCAGUAUUUCAAUUAACAGAUAUAUUUUAAUUGCUUGGCCUCAGCUGUAUACGAAAAUCUAUACUAAAACUAAAGUGUUUUUGUAUAUUUCGCUUAUUUGGUUGUUCAGCUACGGUUUGCAGAUACCCACUUUGCUUGGUAUAUGGGGUGUUUAUGGUAUGGACGAAAGGUUGGGGACUUGUUCGAUUAAACGAGACGAAUAUGGUAACUCCUCAAAAACCGCCCUCUUUGUAAUCGGUUUCGCCCUACCAUCAGUCAUCAUAGUUGCCUGCUACUCCAACAUUUUCUGGGUCGUAAAAAGGUCGCACAAGCGACUAGCGCAGCACAGCUCCAACGGUGGCAAAUUCAAAAGGAGCGAAAUGAAAAUCACUAAAAUGGUUUUGGUUAUUUUCAUCUGCUUUGUGGUUUGCUAUUUGCCGAUUACUGUAGUGAAGAUUUUUGACAAUGAAGUUAGACACGCGCCCUUGCACGUUUUGGGGUAUUUGCUUAUAUAUUUGGCCAGUUGUGUUAAUCCUGUUGUUUAUGUGACGAUGAACAGGCAAUAUAGGUACGCCUAUUUGGAAACUCUGAAAUGCAACUACAACAGCAAUUUAGAUUCUGGGACGCCAGGAAACACGCCGACCAAAACUCAGGGAAUGUCGGUACAAUAUAUGAAAAAUAUCGUCAAUACCUAAUUGUCCAAAAUGCAGUGUAACCUUACUCACCAUAUUUAUUAUUUUGCCAUUUUUGAUGAGUAAGUUUACACCAGAAUUGCCAAUUAGAUUUAAACUUUAAACCAAAGAAAUAAUAAAAGUUUUGGAUUAAAUGCAGCCAUAUUGUUCAUAUUGUGAUAAUUUGUUCUACUGUUUUUCUACUUAAAUUUAAGUUUUGUCUCAAGAGUGUUUAUGCAAAAUAGAUUGAACACUCUUAAAGGGUAAAUUUGCUCCAAAGAAUAUUUUGUACAGUACAAACUAUUAGCUGAUAAGGAAUUGGGGGCCUUACAUUAAGGUUGUAAAUAUUGUAAAUAUGUUUUUCUUGUAUAUAAGUUAUUAUUAUUGUUACCACAUUUUUUUGUAC